UCGUGAUUUUGUCAUUCCGCGUGUGAACUCGCAUAGAUUCCAACCCGACGCCGCGAGGCUACCUAGUGAAGAGCACAUUUAAUAAAACAAAAUGUCGAACCUCGCCGAUCCCGUCGCGUUCGCGAAGGACUUCCUCGCCGGUGGUAUCUCCGCCGCCGUCUCAAAGACAGCAGUAGCUCCAAUCGAGCGUGUGAAGCUGCUUCUCCAAGUCCAGCACGUCAGCAAACAGAUCGCAGAAGACCAGCGCUACAAAGGUAUCAUCGACGCCUUCGUCCGCAUUCCCAAAGAGCAGGGUCUGCUCUCCUUCUGGCGUGGUAACUUCGCCAACGUCAUCAGGUACUUCCCUACACAGGCGCUCAACUUCGCUUUCAAGGACAAGUACAAGCAGGUCUUCCUCGGAGGCGUAGACAAAAACACACAGUUCUGGCGCUACUUUGCCGGUAACCUCGCUUCGGGAGGUGCCGCCGGAGCUACCUCGCUAUGUUUCGUGUACCCACUCGACUUCGCCCGUACCCGUCUCGCCGCCGACGUCGGCAAGGGCGACGGCCAGCGUGAAUUCAAAGGUCUCGGAAACUGUAUCACCAAGAUCUUCAAAUCCGACGGCCUGACUGGUCUCUACAGGGGUUUCGGUGUGUCCGUGCAGGGUAUCAUUAUCUACCGCGCGGCGUACUUCGGUUUCUACGACACCGCGCGCGGCAUGUUGCCCGACCCCAAGAACACACCUAUCGUCAUCAGCUGGGCCAUCGCGCAGACAGUCACAACUGUCGCCGGUAUCAUCUCGUAUCCCUUCGACACCGUCCGUAGGCGCAUGAUGAUGCAGUCCGGACGUGCCAAGGGCGACAUCCUGUAUAAGAACACCAUCCACUGCUGGGCGACCAUCGCCAAGACCGAGGGAGCCUCCGCCUUCUUCAAGGGUGCCUUCUCCAACGUCCUCAGAGGCACUGGUGGUGCUUUCGUUCUCGUGUUAUAUGAUGAGAUCAAGAAGCUCAUCUAAAUUUAAUGUAAGAAUUGUUACCAUAACUUCAAUUGUGAUUUGAUAUCACUGAUAGGCACUCCCCUGAAAUCAUGUAUUAUUUAGACGCAAAAUAACAUCCUAGUAACUUAUUUUUAGUUAAAUAAAGUGUUAUACAAUGAUUCCAGAAAAAAAUUGUUUCAUUAUAAUAAUGCUGCUUGUUACAUAAUUGUUUCACUUUGUAGAUCAAGAAGUGGAAUCAUUCCUAAUAAAUUUUAACUGUAAAUGUUCUAAUUAGAAGAUAAUUCAAUUAUUGUUCUAAAUUCGAAUGUAAAAUUAUAUAAAAUAUUCUUCUUCUAUAGUUGACAGUUAUGUAAUAACCUCCUUUAAGAUGUCGUUCAUGGCAUAUAGGCCAAGGUUUGUCACAAGUUCACUGUGAACAUCAAAAUCUAGUGUAGGAAAGUGAUUUAAACUAUUUUAGGACUAUCAUAAUCUUUAAACACAAAAGGGAGUGAUGUGUAGUGUCUGUUCCGGUUAUGUAAUGCUUUGAUACAUUUCUCUGUGAACAUAUGUUGAUCAUAUUAUGGUCAGCUUUUAUGUAACCACAAUGUUCUUGAAUGUAUAUGCUGUGCAAGUGAUUCAAGUAACUUUGGUUUUCAUUGCUAGUGGUCGGGGAUUUGAAAUGUAACUCAGUAGGUAACAUUUUGUGUGAGUGAGCAUUGAUAUGUUUAUCGAUAUGUUGAACUGUUUACUCGGUUUGACUUUUUUGUCAUAAAAAAUUCAUGCAAACGAGUGAUUAUAAUAUAAAAAAUUCAUUAAAA